AAAAGAAACACAAAUUAUAUGUAAUGAAAGCAAUGGUUUUUUUUUUCUUCUGUUGGAGGAUCACGUCGCAGUGAAACGAUGAAUCCACAAGCAUUCUAUUGCAUUGCAGCUUCUUCUUCGUUUAUUCCCCGAUUUCUUUCCACAGUUGCAGUUUCUGGUUUCAAUCUCGCCAGAUAACAGGUGGAUUUGGAGAAUUUUGAUGAGAGGUCAGAAGAGAAGGAAGCAGCGCAUGCAUCUAUGAAGAAGACUGGGGUACGCAGGUCGCCACCGCACUACCUGAUGCAAUUGUCGCUCGUCGACAUUGUUGUGCUUCUUCUUCAUGCGGUUUCCCCACGAUCUUCUCAGAUGGAAUGGCAGAUCCUGCUAGCUAUGGGAAUCACGAGCGUGACGUUGAGCAAGCAAUUAUCACUUUGAAAAAAGGAAGUCAACUAAUCAAGUAUAGCAGAAAAGGAAAACCGAAGCUCUGCCCAUUCAGAAUCUCUACUGACGAAACCACGCUGAUCUGGUACUCACAUGGAGAAGAAAGGAGCUUGAAACUAUCUAGCAUCUCACGAAUUAUCCCAGGACAAAGAACUGCUGUGUUUAGAAGGUAUUUGAGGCCUGAAAAGGAUUACUUAUCAUUUUCGUUAUUGUAUAGAAACGGGGAACGGUCACUUGAUUUGAUCUGCAAGGAUAAAGGUGAAGCUGAAGUCUGGCUUGUUGGCCUUAAGAAUUUAAUUUCUUCAAGAACACAGCAUGGACGUACUAGGAGUGAUUUUUCAGAAUUUCAGGAUGGUAGUGAUUUCUUUCAUAGUGGUCGACCUUUUGGUGCAACCUUAGAAUUUAGUAACAGCAUAGCUCGUGGAAGGGAUUCGAUUGAUUUAAAUUACCGUGAGUCUUCAUUGCAUUUCGUAAGUUCAGAUGUGGGUUCAGAACGUGCAAAUAUGCAACUAAGAACAAGUGGUGGAGAUGGUUUCCGCAUCAGUGUAUCAAGCACUCCUAGCUGUUCAAGUGUAGGAUCAGGACCAGAUGAUAUAGAAUCACUGGGUGACGUUUAUGUAUGGGGUGAGAUUUGGUCUGAUGUAGUUUUACCUGAUGGAUCUGCAAAUCCAAUACCAGUAAGGAACGAUGUGCUGGUUCCAAAGCCAUUGGAGUCGAACGUUGUUCUUGAUGUUCAGCAGAUUGCUUGUGGUUCCCGACACAUUGCUCUUGUAACGAGGCAAGGUGAGGUUUUCACAUGGGGUGAAGAAUGUGGGGGACGGCUUGGUCAUGGAACUGAUAGAGACUUUAGUCGCCCUCAUCUUGUUGAGUUUCUGGCAGUUAGUAAUGUAGACUUUGUGGCUUGUGGUGAGUAUCAUACAUGUGCCGUGACCAAUUCAAACGAUUUAUUCACUUGGGGCGACGGCAUCUUUAAUGCUGGUGUUCUUGGCCAUGGCACUGAUGUGAGUCACUGGAUACCCAAAAGAGUUAUCGGUCCUUUAGAAGGACUUCAAGUUUUAUCUGUUGCAUGUGGCACGUGGCAUUCAGCAUUAGCAACUUCCAAUGGAAAACUAUACACAUUUGGUGAUGGAACAUAUGGUGUAUUAGGCCAUGGUGAUAGGGAGAGCGUGGCAUAUCCAAGAGAGGUGCAGCAAUUGAGUGGACUUAGGACCAUAAAAGUUGCUUGUGGAGUCUGGCAUACUGCUGCUAUUGUUGAGGUUAUGGGUCAGACUGGUUCAAAUAUGUCGUCUAGGAAGUUGUUCACUUGGGGAGAUGGUGACAAAUACCGUUUGGGUCAUGGAAACAAGGAAACUUAUCUCCAACCUACUUGUGUUUCUUCACUCAUAGACUACAAUUUCCACCAGUUAGCAUGUGGACACACCAUGACUGUGGCCCUUACCACAUCAGGUCAUGUGUUUACCAUGGGUGGGACUGCAUAUGGGCAGCUUGGCAAUCCAACUUCUGAUGGAGUUAUUCCUUGCUUGGUGCAGGAUAGAUUAGUUGGUGAAUUCGUUGAAGAAAUUUCAUGCGGCGCAUAUCAUACAGUUGUUCUCACAUCCAGAAAUGAAGUAUUUUCUUGGGGCAGGGGUGUCAAUGGAAGAUUAGGACACGGAGAUAUAGAAGAUAAGAAGACCCCAACACUCGUGGAAGCACUCAAGGACAGGCAUGUUAAAAGUAUAUCUUGUGGCUCAAGUUUCACUGCAAGUAUAUGCAUUCAUAAGUGGGUUUGCGGGGCAGAUCAGUCAAUUUGCUCUGGUUGUCGUCAAGCAUUUGGUUUCACCAAGAAGAGGCACAAUUGCUAUAACUGUGGGCUGGUGCAUUGUCAUGCAUGCAGCUCCAAGAAAGCUUUAAAAGCAGCACUGGCACCUACCCCAGGAAAACCACAUCGAGUUUGCGAUUCUUGCUAUGCUAAACUUAAAUCUGCUGAGGCUGGUAACAAUUUUGCUGUAAAUAGAAAAAUGACAUCCAAUCGUCGCUCAACAGAUUACAAGGAAAGAUAUGAUAGAGGGGAGGUGAGACCCUCUCGUAUUCUAUUGUCUCCCACCACGGAACCGGUUAAAUAUCAUGAGAUUAAAUCAGUAAAACCAGGGAGUAGGCCAACUUCUCCUUCUAUGGUCCGAGCUUCUCAGGUGCCAUCUCUUCAGCAACUGAAAGACAUUGCAUUUCCAAGUUCGCUGAGUGCUAUUCAAAAUGCUUUGAGGCCUGCAGUCGUAGCACCACCAUCACCACCACCAAUGGGCAAUUCAAGACCUGCAUCACCAUACUCAAGGAGGCCAAGCCCUCCACGCUCAACUACUCCGGUAUUUUCAAGGAGUGUUAUCGAUAGUCUCAAGAAGUCAAAUGAGACGCUGAAUCAAGAAAAUUCAAGGCUUAAAAGCCAACUUAAGAGUUUGAAGCAGAAAUGUGAUAUUCAAGAUACGGAAAUUCAGAAAUUGCACAAAAAUGUAAAUGAAGCAGCUUCAUUAGUUGAAGAAGAAUUCUCCAAGGGCAAAAUAGCAAAGAAAUUAGUUACAACAAUAACAGACCAGUUGAAGGAAAUCACAGAGAAACUGCCAGAGAUAUCCGAGGGUGAAACUUUCAAAGCCAUGUAUGAGCAAGCUGAAGCUUUCUUAAAUAUGGUUGAGACAUCGAAAUCUUCAUCUUUGCCUACGAGUCAAGCAACUAACAAUCUAACUGCACCCAAUAACGGAUCUACUGCCUCAUUUGACGAUUCUUCAAAGAGGAUAGGUGACAAUGUAGAUGCUGCAGGAAUUAAGGACUUAACGCAGGAGAAUGUAAAUAAUCUUCUAGAAAGUAAGAGAAAUUCUGCUAGGGAAGCCGUUUCUCAAAGUGCAGAAAAUGGCUCGAGAUCACCAAUUUCUUCAACACCAUUGACUGAAGGCGAAAAGCAAGUUAUUGAGCAGUUUGAACCUGGUGUUUAUGUAACUUUGGUUGUGCUUUCAAAUGGUACCAAGAUUUUCAAACGCGUUAGAUUCAGCAAGAGAAGGUUUGAUGAGCAGCAAGCAGAAGACUGGUGGAAUAAAAACAAAGACAGGCUGCUUAAGAGGUACAACCCAUCAACAAGCAGCUCUACGCCAACAGGCUCACCUAAAACUCAACCAUCUACAGAGGAAAGCAAUGAAGUUCCAUCAGCUUCCAAAGUGGAUCUAUAGGAAUCCCAAGGGGAUUGCUUUAGAAUAGCAGCAUCAGGUUUCUACCAUAUCAUUUAGCAGAUUUCGUUCCAGACAGAAGCAACAAGAGAAGAUUCAACUCCAGAAUAAGACAAGGUAAACUCCACUUUCUUCAAGUGGGGCAAAGAAGACAUCGAAGGUUAGUUAAUUUGGACGCAUAAAUAACCUCACAGUGACUUCUCCAUUCAUUUAUUCUUUAUUAUUUCAUUUCAUUUUCAGCAUCUCCUUAAUUGCGUCGCCAUUCAUUUUCUUCUAGCUUCUGAUGAUGAUGAUGCUGAUGUUUCUAGAAUUGAGAAGUUCUAAUUUAGUGUUGUACUCGUUCCCUGUGAAGCUCCAUUUCAUCCUCUCCUGUUUAAAAAACUUUUCAAUGGGGUUAUUAUGGCCGUUUCCCUCAUUCUUGGUGAACUUCAAUAGUGAAGAAGAUUUGUUUAGUUCAGGCUAUUA